AACCAGUGUUGUCCAACGUGACUGUGUGCACAUUAUGCUUGUGUUGGUUAUUCUAGCGUCAACUGAGCGCUAAAUUCUGCUUUGCUUGCCUACGAAGUUGAAUACAGUUGCGCGAUAGUGUUUUCACAGACACUUGUCGCGACAUGUUGGUGCGAGGUGUCUGGCACUGUCCGUGCGCUGUUGUGCGCAUAGGCCGUGGACAACGCUGAUGUAAACACAUGCUUGGUUGUCAUUGUGUUGACAUACAUAUAUUCAUGUUGCACAAGUUCAUGUGUCCAUUUUAAAAGAUAUACAUAUAAGUAAAUACAUAGCGUGUAAGCAGAGAAAAUUGUAUGUAUGUUAGAAUAAGUAUGUGUAACCGUUCUUCGGUGACAAAGCGAAGCACAGUACAGUUUGAGAAAUAAAAGCGUAAAGACGCUCAUCUCAGAAGUGGGAUUUGCCCAACUAAAAUUUUUUUAAACAAUUUAUGUACUAGUGUGAAAAAACAAAAAGAAGCGAACAAUUUUAUGAGACAAUUUAUGUAAAUGUGAAAAAACAAAAAGAAGCGAACAAUUUUAUAAGACAAUUUAUGUAAAGUGCGUGUACAAUUUAAAGAUUUUAACAAAAAAUUGUGAAAAAACAAAAAGAAGCGAACAAUUUUAUGAGACAAUUUAUGUAAAGUGUGUGUACAAUUUAAAGAUUUAAACAAAAAAGUUAACAGUUUUAAGAUGGAUAAUGUGGCAGACCAUACAGUUGCACAAUUGCGUGCUUGGCUCCGACGUCUUGAAUUACCAUCGAGUGGUAAUAAAAGUUCUUUAGUGUUGCGGUUGCAAGAGGUUCCUGCAAGUGAACGUGGCGAGUGUCCAAGUGGUGCAGAAGUUGAAGAAAUUUUGCUCCCAAUAUUUGAAGAUCAACAGACUGUACCAGGUACGGACGACGUUGCUGCUGCGCAGGUGGAAGAUGGUAGCACCAUACAACAAGUCGAAGAGCAGCCAGUGAAAAUCGUAGCAGACGCAGGUCCGACAGAGGUUGAAUUGCUGAAGCGAGAGACAAAUUUAUUGAGACGUGAAAAAAAUUUGCUGGAGCGGGAGAAUGCAAUGCUACAGCGAAUGAUGCUUGGUGGUGAAACAUUGAGCCACCCGCAAUCGAAUCAAGCAACAAUUUCACUCGACUUGAUAAAAAAUCUGAUACCCGAGUACGAAGGUGGCGUUAAUUUCAAUUUGUGGGCGGCACAGUUCAAAAGCGUCACCAGUGCCUACACUAUAAAUGAAGGCGAGUCGCGCAUUAUAUUUCUUAACAAGCUGAAAGGCAAAGCACAACAAUGGUUAUAUGGCAACCCCGAUUUCGCAACUCAACAAGUAGAUGAGCUCAUCAGUCAAAUGAAUCAAGUGUUUGGUUCAGGUGAAAACAAAGUGGUGCUGCGGCGAAAAUUUGAGACCAGGAAGUGGAAGUCGGGCGAGCGGUUUAUUGAAUAUUUCAACGAUAAGGUGGUAUUGGCAAACCAACUACAGCUGGGAGAAGAGGAGUUGGUCGAAUACAUAAUCGACGGCAUACCUGAUUAUCGGCUACGCAACCAAGCGUAUAUGCAGUGCUACACAACAAAGGCACAAUUACUCCAAGCAUUUUCCAAAAUUGAAACUGGGCCAAAACCGAUUGCGCCGGCUCAGUCGCAGAUUCAAGAAAGAAGAUGUUACAACUGCAGCAGUCGCGGACACCUAGCAGCAGAAUGCCGUAAACCAAAACGAGAGAUGGGUACGUGUUAUGGGUGUGGCAGUCAAAAUCAUCAAAUAGCAACAUGUCCAGAGAAGAAAACUGUCCACGCAGUUAAUGAAUAUAAUGUCUGAUCGAUUCAGGUAGCCCAAUCAGCUUCAUAAAAAAAUCUUGCGUCCCAGAAAAUUUGAAAUUGGAGUUUUUAUCAAAUGAGAAUAAUUUUUAUUUUGGUUUAAAUAAUACGAGAAUUGUAACUUAUAGAAAGUUUUUGUGUUGUAUUACAAUAAAUAACGAAUUGUUUGAAUUAAAUUUUGUAGUAGUUGAUGAUUGCACUAUGUAUUAUGAGGCUGUGUUGGGAAGAGAUUUUUUAAGAAUUUGUAAUUUUAAGUUAUUCAGAGCUGAAAAGAAAAAUUGUUGUGAUGUAGAUAUGACAAAAAGUCGGCACGACGUUAAAACCGAACUAAAGUAUAAAUAUAAAAAAGAUAGUCACGGUAACGAAGAUAUAUAUUUAAAGAAUAUAUAUGUAAACGACAAAGACAAUGUGAAAGAAAACUGUAAAAUGAUAA